GACGUAAACAAACAAACACCUGAAAAGGUAUCACAAUUCGAAGCGCCGGCUGAUAGCCAACUAUGGAUACGUUAAAUAUAAAACCGUUAAGUAAGGAUUUAGAGUGGUCUCUGGAUGCACCCUUCGGUGCCAGCAUGGAGGCCACUGGUGCGAGCGGGGCAGACGCCUCCGCCGCACCUAUCGCAUGCACGUCGAGCGAGGAGCGCGCGCUGCGCCGCGUCGUGGGUCGCUGGGGCGCCGAGUGGUUGAGCUGACUCGGCUCCGAGAAACGCGCUGCCGGCAGCUGGCCUGCCGACCACCCCCUGCCGCCUCCUCGGUGGGGGGCCCCCCGCCCCGCCCUGCGACUCAGCCUCCGACAAUACGAGGACCUGGUCGCUAAGGCGGAGGCGCUGUUGAGCCGUCUCGUCGUCUCGGAAAAUUAUGACUCCAUCAAUAACUUCAUUUCCCUGUACGAUGCCUACAUGGCAGCCCCAGACGCGACUCUUCAGGAGUACUUCCGAAAGUACAACCCUCCAAUUCGUCCUCACAAGCACACGUGUGUUGGUCUGGCCAUGGAAGUGGAGAAGACGUUAAAGGUCUUAGAGAAAGACUUCCCUGGUAUCUCGAAAUCCAUGAUGAUAGUAUCGUGUGAUGAGAACAUUCAAGAUCUGAUGGACUACGCGACAUUCUGUCCUGGACCUCAAGGUUUCUUGAUCGAAACUGAGAAGGACCACGUGAUGCUUGCGAUCAACGUGAAGGUUGACGGAAGGCCUGGCAUGUUCCUGUCAGACCUGGGCUACCACAUCGCCCGCGUCGUCACUGUGAUGGUGGACCGUUGCUACCCUCACACUGGUUGGUUCACCCAAUCAGAUGAGCCUCACUGCCGUAAGGAGUACAACUACCAGUUCAACCUGCAGAACAGCAACUACAUCGAGUGGCACGAGCGUGAGACCAGGGGCACGGUGGUGAAAGAACGACUCUCCCUCGUGUACGUCGCCAAGGCGUACCUCACUGCUGUCAGCGUUACGGAGAAGAGGAACAUCGUUUGGGACUUGAGGAGUCUUCUAGCUAGAGAUCCCAAGGGUCGUUUGACCGCCGGUAUCUACUUCCCAAUCAAGAAGAAGGACCAACAGUUCACCAUGUUCUUCGAUGCCAACACUGGCAAGCAAAGGAAGAAGCUUAAGUUCGAAACAUUCUUGAAAUUGCAAAAGAUUCCUGAUGAGGUGGUAGAUGAGGUAGAACAGUGCAACGACCAGCUUCGUCUCCGUGAUGGUGAGCUGCUGUCCAUCCUGAACAAGCUAGCCACCAUCAUGUCUGAUGAGGAGUACAUGGUAGAACUCAUGGAAAUCAACGACAAAAUCGUACAACUAUCUGCUGGAAACUAAAUUAACAACUAUGGAAUAUCAUCAUCA